CGGUGGCGGGGGGGGGGAAGAUGGCCGCCGCCCUCCUGGAGCAGCGCGAAGACGCCUUCAGGCGGUUGUUUAAGUAUUACAAGAGGCGCAAACCGCCGCCGGACCUCUCCGGCGUCAUCGAUUUCUCCCGCACCGACAGCAACUGUGCAGUAGUGACUACUCAGCUCAACGUUUCCGCAGUCAGCGAUGGGGAGGCCUGCAAAGCUGGACUACAGCCAAUCAACAAAUGGAAAGCUUAUGGUAUCGAUGGAUACCCAGGGUUCAUGUUCAUUGUGGAUCCCUUCCUCCCCGGGUGGCAGCGAUACUGGACAAAGCGCUGCCUGAAAACCUACCCUCGCAAACCCAACAUCUGCAACCUGGAUCUCCACAUGUCGACCGAGGAAACGCAGGACCUGUGGGAGAGGAGCAAGGAACAGCUGAGGCGAAAACGUCCUGGUAAACGAGAGGGUAAGAGCUUGCUGGAAAAACUACGAUGGGUUACUCUGGGAUAUCACUACAAUUGGGACACGAAGAGGUAUUCAGCAAAUCACUACACAUUCCCCUCCGAGCUCGCUCACCUUUCUGAGAGAGUGGCAGCAGCCUGUGGCUUCCAGCAGUUCAAGGCAGAAGCUGGAAUUCUGAACUAUUACCAUUUUGAUUCCUCGCUGGGGAUUCAUGUGGAUGAAUCAGAACUGGAUCACUCCAAGCCCCUCCUGUCAUUCAGUUUCGGCCAGUCAGCUGUGUUCUUACUCGGGGGCCGGAGGAGAGAGGACGCCCCGCUACCCCUCUUCAUGCACAGCGGCGACAUCAUGGUCAUGUCCGGCAAGAGCCGGCUCCUGUACCACGCCAUUCCCCGGGUGCUCCCGUGCCAGGGUGGAGGGACAUUACCCGGCUGCUUAGAGCAAGCGGCGGACGGAGCUGACCAGCCCGAAUGGGACGUCUGCGCCACAUACCUGCAGGACUCCCGCAUCAACAUGACCGUGAGGCAGGUGCUGGGCCCCGGACAGAGAUUCACCGACGAGUCAGAGAGCGAGAGCCUGUCAGUGGCGUCUCAGAGCAGCUCUCACCAGCACAGCGUACCCGAGCCACAGAGCGGGGCCCCCGAGCCACAGAGCGGGGCCCCCGAGCCUAUUUGGAGAGGAGGGGGAGAGCAUUGCUGAUUUGGCUGCGUGUAUAUAUGUUCGGGGACGGACUUUUAUUUAUCCCGUUGCGUCGAGUUUCUACCUGACUGCACAACUGCCACUGUGCCUUGGGGUGUAUGUAUGGGACGUGUAAUGGCCUUCGCACCCUGGUGAGAAGACAUGAGUCGCUCCUUUUCUCUCUCCAACCCCCUCCCCCGCGCCCCCAGCUUUGCCCUUCAGUUAGACCCACAUAUCAUGAGAAUACACUGUCUUAGCUUUAAGACCAAAUUUGGGGAGAGUCUAUUUAGGAGCAAGGUUAGGGUGGCCAACAAGCCCCCAAAUAAAAUUGGUCACUCACUCCAUGGCUGUUUGU